CAAAAAGAAGAAAAGGUAAAGGAAGCGUCGGCCUAUGUAUUGGGUGUUCCCCCAACAAGUCCUCUGCCUGGAUUGCAAAAAGAAGAAAAGGAAAAGGAAGUGUCGGACACGUCUGCUGCGUCAAAUGAUCUUGCCACGCAUAGUCCUCAAGAACUUCCUUGGAAAGGCCUUGUCCGCCAUUUGAGGGACUAUGUGAAGUGGCGAGUUCAGAAUGACAAGUCGGCGCUUCCAACAGAUAGGGACAAAGAGGGAAAUCUGGAAUUGAUGGUCGCACCGACGGUAUUGAAGAAAUACCAUACAUUGAAAGGGAUAAGUCUGGUCACCCUUUUUGGCAAACUCCAGGAAUGCGUGGAGCCGAAGGAAUAUGCGCGGAUGGCGAAGGAUGAGCCGCUCGAUGAUUUGGAGGCGGACGAACUAGCAGAUCGAUUCCAUCAUUUAACGGGCAAGGACAUGACAGAUGUUUUGGCUGCAGCUGGCAGGGAUAGUUCCUCACAGCGACUAGUGUUGCACUGUGCGAUUCUUCUGGCCAAUGAAAUGGGGCAACCGGAGGGACAAAGGCUGAAUGAACCUAACGCCUCCGGUUCGGCAGAUUGCGCCACUGUCCAGCCAAUGUUUUGGGCGGUGGCACAGGCGAGAUCGUAUCCAAAGCUUUAG